GGCACCGGGCCAACCGGUAGGUGAGUACAACGGCUUGUCUUUUUUUCUCUUCAAUUCACACCCACGGGUUAUUCCCGCGUAAACUCUUGUCUACACCAUUUUGUCCAGGACGAGGAAAUUGUUCCGAGCAGACUACAGGGCUUUUUUUUCUUUUUUUUUUCCAGCAACCACAGCUGAUGUACUUUUAUUAGUUUACCGAUCUUCUGCGUGCUACGGGUUUUCUGCAGAAAUGCAAGUUAUUCUUGAUAUAAGUACUCGUGGAACGGUUCAUAUUUCCCUCGUCUCACUGGUGAUGGCUGAUUUCCUUACAAAGCUUCAGAUCACUUAACGCAUGGCUGGACAAAGAUGACAGGAGAAUUACUUGCUAGUGGUGAAGGCUGUAGUUCUGAUAUAGUAUUAACUAACUCUACAGCAGCGCCUUCCUCUGGUCUUGAGAGAAGAGCAAACAUUACUGACCACAUCUCUUGUGAACAUUUCACUGCUCUGCAAAGAUUCAGAUAUGGAUUCAGAGAGUACUUUGCUGAAUUUAUCGGUACCAUGAUCCUUGUGAUGUUUGGUGACGGUGUUGUUGCCCAGUACACUCUGUCCAAGGGAUCUGCUGGUAACUAUACAACCAUUGCCUUUUCGUGGGCCACUGCCGUUUUCCUUGGUUACUGCUGUUCUGCGGGUAUCUCUGGUGCUCAUUUGAACCCUGCUGUUACUCUUUCAGCUGCUACUUUCAGACAGUUCCCAUGGAGAAAGGUAUUGGGUUACAUGUUUGCCCAAGGUCUUGGUGGUUACAUCGGCGCCCUUAUCGUUUACGGUACCUAUAUCCAAUCCAUCAACAACUACUCUGGUGAAGGCCAGAGAAUCGCCGUCGGUGACAAAUCCACAGGUGGAAUCUUCUGUACUUUCCCACAACCUUACUUGAACACCAAGGGUCAGGUUACAUCCGAGCUUGUCACCACUGCCCUUUUGCAGUUUGGUAUUUUCUCCAUGACUGAUCCUCACAAUGCACCAUUGGGUAACUUCUUCCCAUUCGGAUUAUGGAUCUUGAUUUAUGGAUUGGGUACCUCUUUUGGUUACCAGACCGGUUAUGCCAUCAACUUUGCAAGAGAUUUCACCCCAAGAUUGGCUGCUUUGACUGUCGGCUAUGGUACCGAGAUGUUCACCGCCUACUACCACUACUUCUGGGUGCCAAUGAUCAUCCCAUUCAUUGGUGCAUUGCUCGGUGCUUUCAUCUAUGAUUUCUUCAUCUACCAAGGCUUGGACUCGCCAUUGAACCAGCCAAAGUUCGGCUACGACAUCAGAAAGAAGAAGAUCCAGGAGUUUGAAUUCAAAUUGGAGAACUACAAGCUUGACUUCAACCCGGAGGCUAGCCACGGUCGUCUUGACGCUUGAACACAGGACAAAAUCACAAGAGAGGAACCGACCUCCAUUGUAACGAGAAAUGACGUAUAGAAAAAUCCUCGCAUAGGGAGGGGUUGAUCUUUUAUAAUAAUCUCAUGAGUUUUAGCAUUUUCACAUAUACUCGGCAUGCACUCAUGCCACUAUAUUACAAUAAUUUGAAGAGUUUAC